CUCAAACAGUUGAAAGUAAAUUCGGAUUGCAAUAAAUGUGAUAAACGAUAAAUGCUGUUUGCAACAACUAUCAUUUUCAAGGAAAGGAAAGUUUGCUGUUUUGAAGCAAUAUGAAUACGCUUAAGACAAUGAAACUUCAUUUCUUCAACUCCAUGCUGCCAUCUAAAUUUACAGCUUAAGAAUUUCGACAAAAUCAGUUAUCUGUCUCGAGCAAAAUGGAGAUGUAUACUUAUACGUUGUUCUUCACUUUUGUGAUAUUUCUCAAUUAUGUUGAAUCAUUUCCAGUGCUGCCCCGAGAAACCCCAAAAGUUACACGUACUGUUGAAGUAGAAUAUCGGAAAUUAAUGGUUUACGAAAACGUAAUAAUUGGAGUUACCGUUAAUGAAGUGAUGUAUGAAUUUGAGACGCCGUUGCCACGUCGUCGAGAUCCAGUGCUGCAAACGAAACAUCCACCAUCAGACGAUCAAGUAUAUCUUCCUGAUGGUGCUGAAGUGAUUCGUAACCGCCAUGAACCCCCUAUUGGAACAAUUCAAAACAGGCAAAUUCAUAAAAUGGAUACAUCAGAAAUUGAGGAACCUCAGCAUCUUGAUUUAGUUAUGUUCCAUGAAGCUCCUGUUGCAGUAUAUGAUCACGAUCACUGGCGCGCAGCGGUCGAAAUAAAAAGGAUACACCGACCAUUUCAUAUAUUAACAUAAUGAGGAUCUGUUUGCCUAAGGACACAGGCUGAAAUAAAAAAUAAAAUAAAAUUAUGUUAAAUUAAUAUAACGAA